UCGUAAUUUGACUUGAGUGCAUUGGAUACAAAAUGGCAUUUGCGUUGUUCAUGGAUUACUCCAUUUGACAACAUCAAUCGUAUGUUUAUCAUCACUAUUGGCUUUUUUUUUUACAAUCAAUCGUGUAUAUUUCUCAAAAUAUGUUAAUGAUAAUCAAAAAUUAAGAAACAUUGUGCGUCGUGCCACUGAAAAAUCAUAGUGAAAAAACAUGGCGACUCUUGAGGAUAAAAUACUCGGCGAAAAAUUGGAAUAUUAUUGCAGUUCAAGUGAAGACGAAGAAAAUGACUCGGACUCGAACGAGGAAGGCGAGAAAACAAGAAAUGAAAAAACAUCGGGAAAUUCUUAUACCAGUACAGAAAUUAAUAAGUGGGAUGGAUCUUCCAGCAACACUGGACCGAAAGGUGUCAUUAGGGACUGGCAACGUUACAAACAACUAGAAUCUGAAAAACAUGCGGAGCAAGAGCGUGAGAAGCUGGAAUUAAUGAAAAAAUUGAGCAUCACAUGUCGAAGCGCGUUGGAUGAGGAAAGGGAAAAAUUGGAAGAAACCGAUCCGGAGCUUGCAGAACUAUUAGCUGAUGAAUUUCUACUCGAAUAUCAGAAGCAAAGAAUGAAAGAGAUGAUGAAAAAAGCAGAAAAACUGAGAUUCGGGGUUGUUGAAAAUUUGAAGGAUGCAGAUGAAUUUUUGAAAUCAAUUGAUAACGAAGACAAAUCUGUUACUGUCGUUGUUCACAUUUAUGAAGACAAUAUUUCUGGAUGCGAAGCCAUGAAUGGAUCUCUUAUCACACUUGCUAAGGAAUAUCCUUAUGUGAAAUUUUGCAAGAUACGUGGUUCUGUGGCUGGUCUCAGCAAACAUUUCAAAAAAGAGGGUGUACCUGCGCUCUUAGUUUACAAAAAUGGUCAGGUCAUAGGAAAUUUUGUACGGGUUACAGAUAGUCUCGGAACGGACUUUUACGCUUCCGAUGUCGAAUCUUUUCUUCUAGAACACGGCAUGUUAGUCGAUAAGAAUUGUGUCCCAUCCAUAAUCAAGAAUUCCAACCAAGAGGACAGUGACUAAGAGACAAAUUUUUCUCAACGUCCCUGUCAAUAAUACCAGAACAAAAUGAAUCGUCGAUAAAAUGUGAAAAACUUUGAUUAACAAUAAUGAUAUCUGAAAGCCAUUAACGAAUUGUCGCAAAUAUUAAAUCACAAAACUGUUUUUCUUUUUCAACAAAUCUCUUUCAUUAACUACUGUAUUUAUUGCAGGUCUCUAUUUUUUGUCAAUUCCUUCCAGUUUCGUUUUCGUUUCAUCUUUCAUGAAUAAUUUCGAAUAUUUUCUUUUAAUAUGAUUGGUUUUUUCCGUAACAACUAUUCCUGAAUCAAUGGAUCUCGAUCUUCACUGCUGUAAUCAACGAUUUUGUGAACGACAACAGUAUUUCUUCAUUUAUUUAAUCAUCGAAUAAUCAUAAUAAAUAUAUUGGAUAGGAAAAUAUGAUAAGAAUAUCGAUGAAUACUCGCAACUAUUAGUAUAUGAAACUGUAUUUUCUUAGUAAGACAUGUGCAUUUCGUUCAUGUAAAAAAAUAGGCAGUUGUAAGCAAAACAUUCUUUUACAAUCUUAGAAAAAUUGAGACUUAAACGAAUAAGAUUUUAUAAAUGCUAAAAUAAAUAUAUGGAAUUACGACGAACCAUGAAUUAUAAAAAAAAAAUAAAUAGUAGGAUCCAUACUUUCAAAGAUA